CUCAAAUAUUUUAAAUCUGCAUUAUUUCCUAGAUGACCGCCAAUUUACCAAUAGUUUGUGUUUUUAAUGGUUUCUUUAGUAGGAUAAUACCUCGUUUUUUAAACUUUUCUUUUAAAAACAUCAUGGAGGACGCGAAGUCUCUUCAAGUAUCUGCUUUGGAGCGUAGACUUGAUGAAGCAGAGAGAAGAGCCGGAUUAUUAGCAAGGGAAAUUAAAGCGAUUAGAUACAAAAUAAACCAACUAAGAAGUUUACCAAGUCUAAGCUCAUCUGCAUCUACAACUGCCCGUACCACUGAAACUGCCACUACCUCUAAUUUCAUUGAUUUAUCAAAUACUUUAGCAUGUAGUACAUCCGGUGUUCGAAGGCAGGCUGAAUCAAACGGCACUGAAAAUGUUGUCAACAAAAGAGCAAAACUUUCCGAAAACAGUGACAAGGUUAUUGUUUAUGUUGACGGUGCUUGUGAAAAUAAUGGCAAACUAAAUGCUAAAGCUGGUUUCGGUGUGUGGUUUGGGCAUGGAGAUGAAAGAAAUAUUUCCAAGCCUGUGAAUGGCAGACCUACUAAUAAUACUGCAGAAAUUCAAGCCUGCAUUGCAGCUAUUGAAUGUUGUCUUCAAAAAGGACAAAAAAAUAUCCACAUAAAAACCGACUCGGAAUUCACCAUUAAUUGCAUGACUAAAUGGAUAAAGGGGUGGAAGAAAAAAAAUUGGAAGAAAGCCAAUGGAGAACCUGUUAUAAAUAAGACUGAUUUGGAAACACUUGACAAGUUGUGCGCACAAUCCAACGUACAAUGGGAACAUGUAAGGGGACACAGAGGAAUUGAAGGAAAUGAGGAGGCCGACAAAUUGGCAAGACUUGGGGCUCAAAAUUACAAACCUAACUAACUGUUACACACUGUUAUAUUUUAAGUACCAACAUUAAAAAAGUUUUUUUACCGUAAC